UCGUCGAAAGAAAGGAAUGUUUAUCAACAACUAUGGUGACGCCACUCGUAGUAUUCUCUUUCGAAACAGCCUCCCUGUGAACGCUCGACAAAGUCGUCAUCUCCCCUGCCAUAUCUAUUGUUCUGCGUGUUCAAGGCAGUCUCGUAAACUUGCCAAUACUCUUUUGUCACUGUGGUUUGUGGCAACCAAGAUGUGUUUGCCUUUGCCUUCGCAAGCUGUAUUGGCUACUUCCCUCGUCAAACAUUCUAAUGCAGCUAACUCUUUAGACUCUGCUAGUUUAACCUUGUCUUCUUCAUUAGAAACAUUACUUACCAAGGAAGGAAGGAUUUGCCACGUUAAAACGGCUCCCCUAGAUCGACUCCUACCUAAUACUCUUAAAAGUACCCACCCGGUGAAAUCUUCCUCAAACCAACACUUUGGGUUGCAACUCGUAGCCAAGCUUCGAAAGUUGGGAUUACCGGAUGCUCUCGUUUUGUUCAUUAUCUCUUCUUUGCCAGUUUUGGAACUUCGAGGAGCCAUACCUAUUGGAGUAUGGAUGGGAUUCUCUCUCGUGCAAGUAUAUUUUUUAAGUGUAUUGGGCAAUCUGUUACCCGUGCCGUUGUUACUUCAUGGUUUGAAGCACCAAAAAGUUCAAAAAUGGUUUGCACCCAUGUUAAGGAGAGCUGAGCAAAUGAAGCAACAAAUAGCCAACGAAACUUUUCGCGAGAUUGCACUUGCUUUAUUUGUCGGAAUACCUUUACCUGGUACUGGUGCUUGGUCUGGUGCUGUUAUAGCGUUUGUAUUGAAUAUGCCUUUUUGGGGAGCCACUAUUUCCAUCACCGGGGGUGUUUUGAUUGCAGGUCUCAUCAUGCUCGUUCUUACAAAAAUGGGUAAGACAGGUGCUUUGAUUGCGACUGUUGUUUUGUUGUUCACUGGAUUUUCUGCUUUAUGGAGGACAUACAAGGUUUGGUUACAGUCUUCCAAAAAGUUACACGAUGGUGAACAGCAACAGUCUCGCUGAAGAAGAACAACUCCAUACAACAGUGCAAUAGCUUCUGUAACAUAUUUGAAUAUAAGAUAGUUCUUGGACUGUUUUCUUUUACACAGUAAAACAAGUUAUAACGUCGGAACAACGUAAUAUAGCGCAAGGAUAGGUACCCAACGGUGUCGUUAGGUCUUUCACAAUAACUUGUCGCGUAUGUGAAUCGAACGUCUCAACAACAACGUCUAAUCUAGUACUACCACU